AACUUGGUGACCAGUUCGAGGCAGCCAAGACCGAUCUGGAAGGGACCUGACGGUGCUGGGGCCUUCGGUCUUACGCCCGCUCGGAUUUCGAUCCCUUUUUCGAUCCCCUGCUACCUAACCGCGAGGCUGAAUCUGUUUCAUCGGUCACGAAUCUCGAUAUAAGAUGCCGCACUGGCAUCUCAAUCGAGCGCUUGCUAUGCGGUCUCUGAGCCCCGGAUCAUUCAUUUGGCACGACCAGUCCUUGAAGACUCAGAUAUCACUGUGACAAUGAGGGAAGUAAGAGAGCAAUUUCACUACUCCGCCAUUCCCGAUGCUCAAAACCCCCGCCCACGAUCGCGAUGGUCUGCCAUCUGGCCCCCCCACGGGCUGUUCCGCAAGCCUGACAAAGGCCACGAAUGGAUCCAAGGGGCGCUCAUCUGCACCUGGAUUACCGGGCUCAUACUGACCAUCAACCUGAUCCUGAUGAUGGUGGCCCUGAUCCUCGCGUAUCGUCGACCGGCCAAUUCAGGCCAUUUCCAAACCGCGGAGCUAUACAGAGGCCUCUGCACGCGCUCGAGUCACUGGGCCACGGGCCUCCAUGUGGCCAUCAACGUGCUGAGCACCAUCCUGCUGGGCGCUAGUAGCUAUGUGAUGCAGUGCCUGGGAGCACCGUCUCGCAUCGACAUCGAUCGCGCGCACGCCCAGUCCCGAUGGCUGGAUGUCGGGACCUUCAGUCUGCGCAACUUUGCCGUGAUGGAUGGCCGCCGGAAGACGCUGUGGCUGCUCCUGUUGCUCAGCUCGACGCCAAUCCACAUGAUCUAUAACUCGGUCAUCUUUUCGUCCAUUUCCACCAUCGACUAUGGCAUGCUCAUCAUCCCCGAUGAUCUAUCUCCAAGUGAGUCUCUGGUUGGCAACGAUACCACCAGCCGGGACAAUUUCCUCACCGAGAUCGGGUCGGAUCCCGCCGUCGUCCAGGCCCAGAUUUUCAACGGGUCGUUGACCAACAUGACGACGGAGGAGUGUGUGAAUCAGUACGAUGUGGGCUUCAAUACCCAGCUGGGCACGCUCAUCUUUGUGGCUGAUCGGCAGUAUUUUCACAACACCAGCAGUCUUCGUCCCACGGAUUUGCUGACGUUUUCCGUGUAUGAAUAUCUGCAAGGCCUCGAGGGUACCAGCGUCUCCCAGGAGCAGAUCCUGGCGGGGAACUGGACCCUGCUCAGUGAGUACUGGAGUUAUCGCGUGUGGAACUACUCCUUGCCCGAUCUGGCCUCGGAUCUGAUCUCGUAUAUUCCCCCGCAUACUCCCCCGGAUAUCAAGUCGAACCUUCUUGCCCUGGGGGAUCCAUGGUAUUUCACCCUGGGGGAUGGUUCACUCUACCAGUUAUUGAACUCGGGGUGGUGGGACUACAUUUCCGACAGCCCGGUGUAUUCGGAUAUGCUCACCCUGGUGGAGUACAAUUAUGCCUACAAUCCGACGCAGGAAGCCUUGCGGGAGUACUUGGACACGCCCUCGCACUGGAGCAACAGCACCUGGGCCGCGAAAAUCACCUUUGAGUACAUCGGCAUCGGCGACCUGACGAACGUCGGCAUCCGAGAGUUCUGGGUCGAUAAUACCACCGCUCAAGACGUUCCAAUCUCCCAUUGUCUGGUGCAAGAGGAGGAACAGCGCUGCCAGCUCUUCUUCAGCCCCCCCAUUGCCAUCGCCGUGAUCCUCUGCAAUCUGACCAAGGUGAUUUGCAUGGUGCUGACCGCUCGGGUGGAGCGAACGGACCUCAUGUUGACGGUGGGCGAUGCUCUCGCCUCUUUUCUCACUCGCCCGGAUCCAACCACGCGUGGUCGAUGUCUCCUCUCCCACGCAGACAUGACCCGAGGACCCCAAGCCUGGAGUCGGCCGGCCAUCUCGCUGAGUCGGCCAAACGAAUACGCCCUGAGGCCCCUCAUGCCCACCUCCCACGAAAUCUACCCGACUAUUCUUCCCCCUCGCCAUCGAUGGUAUCAAGCGGCGAGCUGGAAACGCUGGAUCGUCGUCCUAAGCAUCUUUCUCGCCUGUCUCAUCACCGCGAUCUAUCUCUUCGUCUACGCCGUCAGACAGAGCCACUCAUUCCCCGCCGCCAUGCGCCUCGGCUUUGCACAGACCCGCACCGACACAAUGAUCAAGUACCUCUCCGCCAACAUGAUCGCCCUAAUCCUCCUCGCCAACACCCCACAACUCGUGCUCUCAAUCACCUACUUUCUCGCCAACAGUCUCCUCACCUGCAUGCUCGUCGCAGCCGAAUGGAACCGCUACGCCCACCACCGCCGACCCCUCCGCGUCUCCUGGCCCCAGGGCCAACAACGCUCCACCUACUAUCUCAACCUGCCCUACCGAUACAGCAUCCCCCUCCUCACCCUCUCCACCAUCCUCCACUGGCUCCUCUCCCAGAGCCUCUUCUUCGUCAAUAUCCAGGCGUACGACAUCUCCGGUAAGAAGAAUCCCGCCGACUCGUCCCGCAGUUGUGGUUACUCCCCGAUGCCCAUGUUUAUUGCCCUCUGGGUGCUUAUUCUGGGCAUUGGUCUCCUUCUGGGUCUCGGGGCCCGUCCGUUUCGGGCCCAUAUGCCGCUGGCAACGCAUUGCAGCGCUGCGAUUAGUGCCGCGUGUCAUCCGCCGGUGGGUGAUGAGGGUGCGGCGGAGCGACCGGUUAUGUGGGGGGAGAUACCAGGGAUACCCGUGGGGGCUAAGCAAGAACAUGCACAUUGUUCGUUUACAUCGGGGGAGGUGGUCACGCCUAGUUUAAUUAAAUUGUAUUGUUAGUUAUCAUCUACGAUCUUGAUGAGAUGAAGUAUGAGAUGUGAGAGUUAUGAGUUGUUUGUUUCAUACUAUAUGUAUUUAUAUUAAUCUAUA